AUGGGAAAAAAGAGGUUUCAGAUUGGAGCCACAAAGCCCACUUCAGAGCCCCUGUCUAAGAAACCCCUACUGCAGUUCCAAAGAUCUGACCAGGCCAUCAUGCCUGAACCUCCUGAUGCUAUGCCAGGUGAUAAGAGGAUUCCACGGCAACCUCACUUGGAAGCUGGCCAAUCUUCAGGCCCUCAAUGCCAUCAGGAGGAGCAGGAACACAGACUACCUUCUUCUGAAAUAUAUUUCACUGUACGGGCCAUCCUAACGGGCUCUCUAUCUUUUGCCUCCCUACCCACAAGAGAAGUGGAGAAAGUUCUUAAGGGAUGCAUUACGGAGAUUAGACGCCUUCUUUACCAAAUGGAGAUUGAAGUUACGAAGCUCAAGCAAGAAGUGAAUGAUGAAAGACAAGCACGGGCUCGUGCUGAGGCUUUAGUGAGGAAGGUUGCAGCAAAUGGACAGCAGAACAUGGCUGACACACUACAGCAGGCAAGCCUGGCUGCCCAGAAAUUAAUUUCUACUGAGGCGGAAUUGGAAGCAACCCGUAGAUCACUGGAAGGAGAGAGGGAAAGAUGCAAGAGAAUUCAAUCUGAGGCAUCUGAGAGACAGGAGGAAGCUGUUCUUUCCCAGAAAACAAGUUUACAAGAACUGGAUAAAGAGAGACAAGCACGGGCACAUGCUGAGGUGUACGCACGGGAGGUUGCAGCCAAAGCCCAGGACGAAGUAGCUGAGGCAAUCAAGCAAGCCAGCAUCUCUGUCCAGAAAUUAAGCGCUGCCGAGACUAAACUAGAAGCAACCCACCGAGCCCUGGCUGAAGAGAGAGAACGCUGUGAGCAAAUUAAAUCUGAGGCCUCUGAGAAACAGAGGGAAGCUCUUCUUGCUCAGCAAACAAGUUUCCAAGAACUGGCACGAGCUGAGGCUUCCGCCAGGGAGGCUGCAGCCAAAGCACAGGAGGAAAUAGCUCAGGCUAUGGAACAUGCAAGGCGGAGUACACAGAAGUUGAGUGAUACUGAGGUUAAAUUAGAAGCAAGCCGCCAAGCCCUGGAUGAAGAAAGGGAACGAUGCAAACGAAUUCAAUCUCAGGCCUCUGAGAAACAAGAGGAAGCUCUUCUUGCCCAGAAAACGAUUUUCAAAGAACUGGAAGAUGAGAGACAAGCACGGGCAUGUGCUGAGGCAUCUGCGAGGGAGGCUGCAUCCAAAGCUCGGGAUGAAGUAAAUGAGGCAGUCAAGAAAUCAAUCCUCGCUACCCAGAAAUUGAGUGCUGCUGAGGCUGAACUAGAAGCAACUCGCCUAGCCCUUGUUGAACAGAGGGAACACUGCCAACGGAUUCAAUCUGAGGCCUCUGGGAAACAAAAGGAAGUACUUCUUGCCCAGAAAAUAAGUUUCCAAGAACUGGAAGAUGAGAGACAAGCACGGGCACUUGCUGAGACUUCUGCUAGGGAGGCUGCAGCCAAAGCUCGGGAGGAAAGAGCUGAAGCAGUCAAGCAGGCAAUCCUGGCUACCAAGUUAUUAAGCGCUGCUGAGGCCGAACUGGAAUCAACAUGCCAAGCUCUGGCUGAAGAGAGGAAGCACAGCAAGAGAAUUCAAUCCGAGGCAUCUGAGAAACUGAAGGAAUCCCUUCUUUCUCAGCAAAACAAUUUCAAAGAACUGAAGGAUGAGCGACAAGCACGGAUAUGUGCUGAGAAAUGGGCUAGAGAGACUGCAGCCAAAGCCCGGGCUGAAAUAGCUGAGGCAGUCAGGCAAUCAAGCUUGACCACCCAGAAAUUGAGUGCUGUUGAGGCUGAACUUGAAGCAACCCGCCGAGUCUUGGCAGAAGAGAGGGAGCGCUACCAGCGAAUUCAAUCUGAGGCCUCUGAGAAACAGAAGGAAGCCCUUCUUGCCCAGCGAACCAGUUUCCUAAAACAACUUAAGGCACAAGUUGAAACCGCUGAGAAGGCUCUGCACUGGGACACCAAGUAG